AUAUUCAUUUUAGAUUGCGAUAAUUGGCACCACUCACAUUUAAGAUUAGUUCCAUCAAAACGUUUCUGCACAUAGACUACUACUCAAAGAACGUAUACUUUGACCAGUUGAUAGAGAAUUGUAGACGUGAUUGACCCAACCUUCAAAAUAUCUUCAAAAUACUUGACUUUUCCAACGUGUCUUGUUUUCCAAUUUCCAUUAUUAUUAAAUCUCUCUUAGAUCAUUACAGCUUCUCUUUUUAAGACCCAGGCUGAAUUAACUCUUGGGUUAUAAUGGGCCGAUGCUAAUGAUUAUGGGCCCAGUUUAGUUUUUUCGUAGUCGGUUUUAGAAGAAAGUCCUGAUUAUUAGCUGGGAAUUUAAUGAAAGAACGUAUAGUUUUUCCUUGUGGUUGAAGUUUCUGCGAGUAGACCGACCCGCUCCUGACCUAUCAAAAAAAAAAAAUUUCCAUUAUUGCUUGCCACUACUUUUCUAGUUUUAGAAAUACUAAUUUCAAGUUUUUGUGGGUCAUCUUCGACCUGCAAGAGAGAAAUUAAAAAUGUUCAGUUUCAAGUCAAAUUGCAGUCUUUAUUUUCUUUAUUCAAAAGAAAAUAGUUUUAUACUCUUCUUUUGCACACACUAGUUGAACAAACUUCAACUCUCUCACCCACUCCUCUUUAGUUUGUUUCUCUCUUUUGUUCUCUUCUGUUUGUUCCUAUCUCAUUUUCUUGUUCUCAUCCUCAACAUGAUUACUCCAUGUUUCUGCUACACAUCAUCCCUACACAAAAUCUUCCUCACUUUCAUACUCUUAGCUACUCAAACCCUCUCUCUCGAUCCAAAGUUUGAGGCUUGUGAGCCCAAAUCAUGUGGCAAAGGUCCCAAGAUCUCCUUUCCAUUCUAUCUAUCAGGCAAGCAAAAACCCUUUUGCGGCUAUCCCAGUUUCGAACUCACCUGUGACGAUGACCAAGAGCUCCCUGUUCUCGGGAUCGCCGGUGAGGAUUACAUCAUCAAGAACAUGUCAUACGAGAAACAGUGGCUACAGGUCGUGAACUCAAGGGCGUCUCAUGAUCCAUGUCCUAUCCCUAUGCAUAAUCUUACCCUCCACAGGACUCCUUUCUCAGUGAACCCUUCUCAUGUCAACUUCUCCAUACUUUACAAUUGCUCUGGCAACCUGUGGGAAGAUUUUAAGACAUAUCCUCUUGCUUGUUCCGGCAACACGAGUCUUCCAUCUUUCGGGGUCUUCCAGAGGGAAACUCCAGAGAAAGAGAAUCUUUUUGCAUCCGGGUGGUGUCAGAAACAAGUCGAUGUUCCUGUUUCAGCUAGUGACAAGUCUGAUGUGAACCUGUUGUCAAGAAUGUCUUUUGCCGAGAUCUUGAGGAGAGGUUUUGUUCUGAAUUGGACUGCACACAGUUGCGUCCGCUGCAAUAGCAGUGGCGGGCGAUGUGGAACUGAUGAUAAGGAGUUCGUUUGCUUGUGUCCUGAUGGACCUAACAUUCAUAAUACUUGCAGGAAGGGUGGUAUCGACUGGAAGUUGAAGAUUGUCAUAAGUGUUGUCGCAGUAACCGUGGGACUAGCGAUAGCGAGCAUAGGUUGGUUUGUGUACCAUCGUAGGAAAACCAAAAGUUACAGAACUUCUUCAACACUGCUUCCAAGAAACAAAUCCUCAGAACCUUCUUCAAAGUCAUCAGACGUUGAGAAAGCAGAGGAUAUGUUAGUUGGUGUUCGUCUUUUCUCUUACGAAGAACUCGAAGAAGCCACUAGUAACUUCGACCCAUCUAAAGAGCUAGGCGAUGGAGGCUUUGGUACUGUCUACUACGGUAAGCUUAAAGAUGGACGAAGCGUAGCUGUCAAACGGUUAUACGAUAACAACAUCAAAAGGGCAGAGCAGUUCAGGAACGAAGUUGAGAUCUUAACAGGGUUACGACAUCCGAACCUCGUGUCUCUCUUUGGAUGCUCCUCGAAACAGAGUCGGGAGUUAUUGCUAGUGUACGAGUAUGUCGCAAACGGCACGUUAGCUGAUCAUCUACAUGGUCCACAGGCUAACCCGAGUUUACUUCCUUGGUCUACUCGGCUCAAGAUCGCUGUUGAAACCGCAUCUGCUUUGAAAUAUCUCCACGCCUCCAAGAUCAUCCACCGUGAUGUUAAGUCCAAUAACAUCCUACUCGACCGAAACUUCAAUGUCAAGGUUGCGGAUUUUGGACUUUCGAGACUGUUUCCAAUGGACAAAACACACGUAUCAACCGCUCCACAAGGAACUCCAGGCUAUGUCGAUCCAGAUUACCACCUAUGCUAUCAACUCUCCAAGAAAAGCGACGUGUACAGCUUCGCGGUAGUGUUGAUGGAGCUUAUCUCCUCGCUUCCAGCUGUAGACAUCACGAGAACUCGCCAAGAGAUCAACCUCUCGAAUAUGGCAGUAGUUAAAAUACAGAGCCACAAACUCCACGAAAUGGUUGAUCCUUCCCUCGGGUUCGACACGGAUACAAGGGUGAGAGAGACGGUGAUCGCAGUCGCUGAGCUUGCGUUUCAAUGCUUGCAGUCGGAUAAAGAUCUUAGGCCGUGUAUGUCGCACGUGAUGGACACGUUGACGAAGAUAGAAAACAAUGGGUUUGGUUCGAAUAUGGAUGUUAAUAAGAGUGGACCGUUGGUUGUACAGUCUCCUAAUAGUGUAAUGGCGAAAUGGGACAGUAAGUAAAUUAGUCACACGGACACUAACAUUUGUAUGUCUAUUAAUGUUUAAACUUGUUAACUGAACAGUUAGAGAUUGAUGUCUGUGUUAUGUAAUAGAUUAUACUUUUUGGGAAUGUAUAUAUGAUCUGAGUUUCAUAAAUAAAUACAAUCUCCACUGUUGUUAGAUCCA